GGGGCUCACGGCGAAUCGUUGCGGCUAGAAUGAGCGACGAAAUUGUGCGAGAAGGAUACAGCUGAUCCGGGCAGAAAAACGUAAACAAACAGUUGGAUGUGUGUGCGUUUUCUAUAAGUUUUGGUUGUUUUUUGUUAAGGUGCUAUUUUAAAGCAAUAACGAAGUUUGAGGUGAUUGUUGUAAACAUUAUUUUUGGACCGUACAAACUUCAAGUGCUUUGUUUUGUCAUUUGUGUUUCUAAAAUGGUCGAAUCGUGCCGUGCAGUGACUGUUGUAAUAGGCGCAGAAAAGAUGUAACAGAAAUGAGUUUCAUAGGAUUCCUACAGAUCCUAACAUGCGAAAGCUGUGGUGAUCGCAAUACGAAGAGUGAACUUUACAACCCAGCACAUCAACAGUAAUUUGUGAAAAACAUUUCACACCUGAUGAUUAUGAAGUUAAUGUGCAUGGAAAUAGGGUACUAAAAAAGUCGGCAGUUCCAUCUGUUUUUGAUUUUCCUGCCCAUCUCAAAAAAAAACCUACUGCACAACGAAGGGUAUUGAAAAGAAAACGUGAGGAAUCAACAUCAAAAGAAACAGAUCAAACCUUGGAUAUUUGUGAAGCAGUAGAAGAACCUGAAAAUGACCCUAUCAGUGUUGAUGGAAAUUUAUUGGUAGCUGGACCUUCAUCAAACUCAGCACUAAACCCAGAACACCUUGAAUCAAGUGAACCUUCAAACAUUUGCAAUCUGCAAGCUGGACCUUCAUCAAACUCAGCACAAAACCCAGAACACCUUGAAUCAAGUGAACUUUCAAACAUGUGCAAUCUAAGGAGAGAACCUGUAUUCUUUGGAGACUUCAAAUUUUCUGAUUUAAGUAAUUUGCAACGCAGGAAGAGAUUCUGGAAAUUACUCAUGAGACUGUUUACAAGUACAGAAAAAUGAUCAAGUACAAUAAGUGUACAAUACGCAGACAAAAAGAUAAAAUAAAUAGUCUGAAUAGUCUAGUGGAUCAACUAUGUGAAGAGAAGAAAAUAUCUGCAGCUCAGUCAUUAGUACUUAAGGUAGACAUUUGAUGGAAGGAUAUUUUCCUUUAAGCUUAAGAUGAAAAUAUAUUACAAUUGCUACUUAGAUUCCACUAUUUUUGCUUGUGAAAUUUGCAUUUUUAUUGUUUACUCUGAAAGUCUUUCAGAAACCCAAAAGCAGCUGCUUUUCAGGCAGCUGAAAAAAGGAAAAACUAACAAAUAUAGCCCAGAGUUGAGAUGUUUUGCACUAACAUUAAAUUUUUAUUCAUCAUCAGCGUACAACUAUGUUAGGAAAAUAUUUGGAAAAAAAGUUUUACCACAUCCACGCACUGUUUCAAAAUGGUAUAGUGUUGUAGAUGGUACACCUGGAUAUAGCGAAGAAGCAUUCGUGCUAUAA